CUUUUCUAUUUCUAAUCUAUCUACAAAUAAUUAUAUUACUAUUUCUUUUUUUUUAUAGUAAGUAAGUUCUCCACAGGUUAUUCACUGAAUCACUGUUACCUUACUGUCAAUUCACUGUCAAUUUACUAUCAAUUCACUGUUACUUCACUCUCUUCUUAUAUAUAUUACAUCUUUCUCUCUUCUCAUUCUCUCACUCUUUCUCUUCUCUACAUCACUCUCUUAAGUUGUUUCUGUCACUUCCUCCCUCCCUCUCUCUCAAUCUUUUACUAUCUCUCUCCUUUACACUUCUUCUUCACAACUAGACCGUCAUGGAGAAGGCUACCAGCAUCAAAAUGGCAGAAACGCCCGAAACGCCCGAAGAAACAGUCAUCCAUUGGUCGAGAGGUGAGCUGAAAUGCUUUUGCAGACGACGCAAGGAGACAGUACUAAUAUGGAAGAAAUAGGUAACAAACACAGCUUAGAACCCUCCUCUGCAAGCAACAAUACAGCAGAGGUGACAGCGGCACAGGAGCUGGCCAAGAAAGGCAAAAGGGGACUGCUGGAGUUACUGAAACUCAAUUCCGAAGACGACUGGAGGGAGUGGUUAGUGUCAGACUUAGUCAAACCGUACUGGCUAGAACUUUGGGACUAUCUGGCGAAAAACCCGACUGCUAAGCAGAAGCGCGGAGCCGGGCUGGCCCGGAUCCAGGAGCUAAUAAUUAAAGGAGAAGCACGGGGCGUCGCGAAAUACAGCCGUCGCCAUGUCGAGAAAACCGGAUGGGAUCUUAACGAACACCUCGCAUACUUCGUCCAUAAUGUGAGAUCGGAAAACACGCACAGACGGGGGGGAGUGUUCUUUCAGAAGAACCUCCCUGAGAACAUCAUGGACACGGCAAUAUGGACUUUGAAGAACAUUCUCAUACAGAUGCAUAGCCCGUCGCAAAUAAAUAAGCCAAGUGGCGGAAAGGCGAUUUUCGGGGAGACCCUGCCAGAUGCAAAUGAUCUGCUCAUCCAACCAACAUUGGAGGAUUAUGAGAGGAUCUCGAUGCAUGAAAAGUGGCUAGACGCCCAGGAGUACCAAUUCGAUAAUCACGAGGAGGCCUGCAGGAACCUGGGUAUUGUUGAUAAGGCGAACCCCCGAAUAAAGGGCAUGCAGCGCGGGCAAGAGCUGAAAUUUUGGCAGCCGGUCUGCAUCAAUCGUGUGGCUGAAAUCAUGAGACUCGAUUUGCUGCGUGGCGCCAUCAUUGCUGAUGUUGUCGGCGUUGGUAAGACUUGGGAGGCCGUUGCAUUCCUCUUGCAUGUGACUGAGCAAGACAAGACAGAGCCUCCAGAGGGCCGUCCUGUGAUUAUUAUUGUCCCACCCCAUCUCAUCGACCAGUGGAUGGACGAGAUAAUGUCGAUAACUGAGGAAUUUCAGGUGUUGCUCUACUAUGGUGAUGCCCGCCGCCAGGUGGGAAGCUAUAUCAAAGACAAGCUGACAAAAAAGCACGAGAUCUUCAAAGGCGGGCUCGAGAGUGCACGUACUAUUGUGGUAACCUCAUACCAGACAUGGGAGGCACGCCAUGGCCCCAAGC